GCCGCCGGCCUCGCCGCGCCCGUCGGCUGGGAGGAGGAGAGGGCCCGGCUGGGCCCGCGUCGCCAUGGAGACGGCGCUGGGCUGCCGCCAUGGCGGCGAAGGAGGGGAGCUGCGAGGAUCACACAGUAGCUGAAAUUGAGAAAAAGAUUAUAGAAGCUUUUGAGGUGUUUGACCAUGAAUGCAAUAACACUGUGGAUGCCAGAGAAAUUGGUUCAAUUGUCAGGUCACUGGGUUGCUCCCCAACUGAGGCAGAACUUCAUGAACUGCUUUCAAAGGUAGAAGAAGAACCAACCGGAUACAUUCAUCUGGAAAAAUUUCUUCCAGUGAUGACAAAAGUACUACUCGACAGAAGCUACCAGCCUAUUCCAGAAGAUGUUCUUCUACAUGCAUUUGAGGCUUUGGAUAAGAAUAAAUGUGGAUGUAUUACUAAAGAGGAGCUGGUCAAAUAUUUGACUGAAGAAGGUGAACCUUUUACUCAGGAAGAAAUGGAGGACAUGCUCUCCACGGCUCUAGAUCCAGAAACAAACACCUUUCACUACAGAAACUACAUUUCAAUGAUGAUAGUAGAUGAAAGUUAAGGUCUUCCCCUAUAGUGUUUGGGUUGCCUUUUGGUAACAGCAGUGUAGCUUGGCAGUUAGUUGAAAUAUGUAUUUUAAAGUAAAAUAAAGCUUGGCUUGUGAGCUUGUGCUUAUAAUUGAAAUAAAACCUGUGUAGCUCUA